AUGGCGAGUGAUUUAAGAAGUUUGCUGAAGAGACAGAAGCGCAUACUGAACAGUAUAAACUCUGUAGCCAGUUUCGUGCAAGUGUACAACGAAGAGCGUGAUAAAGAUGAGGUUGAAGUUCGUUUGCAGCUGUUAGAGAGUGCAUUCAUUGAAUAUUUUGAAGUGCUUGAGAAGAUAGACGUGAUAAUCGAUGAAGUCGACGAGGAAGAAGUAGCAGAUUCCAAGGAAGCGUCGAAGGAUCGUCAGUUGCGGCUUGAAAGUGCGUCGAAGAAGAGGGAAGAUGAAAGCGAAGCUAUUACGAAGCACGUCGAGAAUAGCUACUGCAAGACCAAGGCUGCGUUAGUGAAAUGGCGGCAGAAAAUGUUAUCGGCAAAUCCUGCACCAUCAAUACCGGUUUCUGGACCCAUUCUUUCGAAGGUCAAGCUUCCGGAGAUUAAACUGCCGACAUUCUGCGGCAAGUUGCGCGAUUGGGUUUCAUAUCGUGAUGCAUUCCAGAGCUUGAUUCACCAGAACCGUGAUCUCACUGACAUGGACAAAUUCACGUACCUUCGUUCAUCACUGUCUGGAGACGCGCUUUUAGAAAUAAAUGCCGUUGAGCUUACUGCUGCAAACUACGAGGUGGCCUGGAAUGCACUGGAAGAUCGGUACCACAACAAGAAGCUGAUCGUGAAAGCGUACUUGGAUGCCAUUUUCGCAAUUGAGCCAAUGAGGAAGGAGAGUUUCGAAUCACUCAGCCAGAUCGUCAGUGACUUCGAAAAGAAUCUCCAAAUGCUGCAGAAAAUGGAGGAGAGAACCGAAGGUUGGAGUACCAUUCUGGUGCACAUGGUGUGUUCGAAGCUCGACCCUGUGACUCUUCGACUCUGGGAGACGUCACAUAACUCGAAGGAAGUACCGACCUACAGAGACCUAGUGAACUUCCUGAAGAACCACUGCGCCGUACUUCAAUCCGUUGGGUCGUGCAAGCCCACCCCUGUUGAAUUCAGGAAACCGAAGAUUGGUUAUUGCUUCGUGACAUCCGACUUCUGUCGACGGAUGAAACUCAAGCAAUUUCCGGACUAUUUGUCAGUGAAAGGUAUUGGGGGUUCAGGACUUGUAUCGAAAAACGCUGUCUGCGGCGUGAUCAGCCCUCGCUUCGCCAGCAUCUCAGACUACGAAGAAGUGAUGCAGUUCAACGUCCUCCCGAAGCUGACUAUUCCACUCCCGAGUGAAGAGGUCGAAAUUAGCCAGUGGAAUCUUCCCGAGGAUAUGGUGUUGGCAGACCCCAACUUCUACCAGACAUUGGAUAUCGACAUGAUAAUCGGCGCAGAACACUACAUGAAUCUGUUAUGCGAAGGAAGGUUCAGGCUAAACGAGGAUGGCCCUACCUUCCAAAACUCCGUUUUUGGAUGGAUCGUGUCCGGGCGUGUAUUCAAUUUCAGGUCUUCCGUUCCCAAAACGUCUACAACGCUGUGUUCAAUGACUGAACUUCAAGAACAGCUGACUCGUUUUUGGGAGCUCGAGAGUUGUCACGUCAAGAGCACGUAUUCCGUGGAAGAGUCUACAUGCGAGGAGAUCUUCAAGCAGACCACUGUUCGUGAUGACGAUGGCCGUUUUGUGGUGUCACUGCCCAAGAAGGAGCACAUCAUUGAACGCUUGGGAGAUUCAAGGCGUAGCGCUGAGAAACGAUUUGCAAGCUUGGAGAAGCGAUUCGUUACCAAUCCGCAGUUGAAGGAGCUGUAUUGCGAGUUCAUGGAGGAGUAUUUGUCGAUGGGCCACAUGAAGAAGGUACGAGAAGAAGAUCUGUCCGAGUCAGCGUGCUAUUUCCUGCCGCACCAUGCCGUGUUGAAACCGGAUAGCACGACAACGAAACUGCGCGUUGUAUUCGAUGCUUCCUGCAAAACUACAUCGGGAUUCUCGCUCAACGAUGGGUUAAUGGUUGGCCCUGUAGUCCAGGAUGAUCUUAUCUCUAUUCACACACGGUUCCGUUUACAUCGCAUCGGAAUGGUAGCAGACGUAGCCAAAAUGUACCGGAUGAUUAAGAUGUUCCUGCUCGAUCAGAAGUUGCACCUGAUUCUGUGGAGGAAAUCCCCGGAUGAUCCGAUCGAGAUUUUCCAACUGACGACCGUUACGUACGGUACAGCAUCGGCUCCUUUUUUAGCGACUCGUUGCUUGGUACAGUUAGCAGAAGAUGGAGAAUCAACACACCCGAUCGCUGUGAACAUCCUGCGGAAAGAUUUCUACGUUGACGAUAUGAUCACUGGGGUAGAUGAUCCUGAGGAAGGAAGAAGGUUAGUCGAGGAAAUGGUCAAUCUGACCAAUUCAGCUGGAUUCACUUUGCGCAAGUGGAAUUCGAAUAGCGAAGAAGUUCUGAGCGAGCUUCCAUCACAUCUACGAGAUGAACGGGCGGUAUUUGACAUGGAUUCGCCUGCAUCGUCCGCUACCGUCAAAACUUUGGGUCUUUUCUGGAGUCCGACAACCGAUAACUUCUGCUUCACCGUUCCCAAAUGGAAUCCCACCCCAACCGUUACGAAAAGAACCGUCGUCUCCGAUGCGUCCAAAUUAUUCGAUCCUUUAGGGCUUAUAGGACCUGUCGUUGUUGAAGCCAAAAUCUUCAUCCAAACGUUAUGGAAACUGCAAGUGAGUUGGGACGAGCCGCUCGCUGAAAACUUGCAAACCUUUUGGCUGGAGUAUCGCAGGAAUCUCAGUGCCCUAGAAUCCAUUACCAUUCCCAGAUGGGUUGGGUAUAGCAAGAAAUGCACAUCUAUUGAAUGGCAUGGGUUCUGCGACGCCUCUGAUAGCGCUUACGGUGCUUGCUUGUAUCUUCGAUGCACGUACGCUGAUGGAUCGGUUCGAGUCCAGCUAAUGAUAUCGAAGUCAAGAGUAGCGCCGCUGGAGGAUUUGAAAAAGAAGAAACGCAAGCAGUCUACGCCCCGUCUAGAACUCUCGUCCGCUCUGUUACUCUGUCAUCUAUAUGAAAAGGUGCGUCGUAGCACUCAACUGGCAGUUCCCUCGUAUUUCUGGACGGACUCCAACAUUGUCAAAUUUUGGAUUGCUUCCACUCCAUCGCGAUGGCAGACCUUUGUUGCAAAUAGGGUGUCCGAGAUCCAACAUCUUACAGAAGGAGGAGUGUGGAACCACGUAGCAGGAAUACAGAACCCAGCCGACGUUCUCUCAAGAGGUAUAUCAGCCACACAGCUCGAAUACCAGAACAGUUGGUUCAGAGGUCCCAUCUGGUUACACCAAAGUAGAAGUUACUGGCCCGAGAAUGCUGAAGUAGCCAUUGAUCAGCUUGAUCCAGCAGUUCUUGAAGAACGUAGCACCGUUGCCAUGCCGCUACAAGCUUCUCCACCGAGCGAAAUCUUUUCGCUCCACUCGUCGCUCUUCAGCCUAGUUCGUCUGGUGGUCUGGAUUCGCCGAUUUCGCCACAAUGCCCAGAGAGUUAACCGAACUUCCAGGAAAUUCGGGUACAUCGGAACGCAGGAGUAUGAAGGCGCACUCAAGGACUUGGUUCGAUUAUCGCAAAAGGAAUGCUUCCCGCAGGAGAUAGCAAGUUUGUCCCGGGAGGUGCAGGUUCCAGAUUCGUCCAGGAUAUCAUCGUUGAAUCCUCAGAUCCAUGAGGGCAUCGUUCGCGUUGGCGGACGGCUGCAGAAUGCGCCGGUUUCGGAGAGUCGGAAGCAUCCGAUGAUACUCGACCAUCGCCAUCCUCUCGCUACACUGGUAAUUCGGCAUUACCACUUGAAGAUGCUUCACUCCGGGCAACAAGUUCUGAUCGCAAGCACACGAGAAAGGUUUUGGAUCACGAACAUCCGCAACGUUGCACGACGAAUCCUGCACGAAUGCAUCACCUGCUUUCGAAACAAUCCCCGAUGUCAACAACAGUUGAUGGCCGAGCUUCCACCGGAAAGAGUAACUCCAGCACCACCAUUCAUGAAGGUGGGUGUGGAUUACUGCGGCCCGUUCCUGGUCACCUAUCCACAACGUCGUAGUCCUCCCGUGAAGUGCUAUAUUUCUGUAUUCGUGUGCCUCGUCACCAAGGCAGUACACAUUGAACUUGUCGCUGAUCUCACCACAGAAGCAUUUCUAGCAGCACUGAAACGCUUCACCGCUCGUCGUGGACGUCCAGCGUUGAUAAUGUGCGACAACGCCAAGAACUUUGUAGGAGCUAAUCGAGAACUACGGGAAUUGCUGAAGCUGUUCGAACGUCAGCAGUUCCAGAACGCAGUAGCCAGUAACGCCGCAUCGGAGAGAAUUGAGUUCAAGUUCAUCCCGGCAAGAUCACCAAACUUCGGAGGUUUAUGGGAAGCUGCUGUAAAGUGCUUCAAGAACGCCUUCAAGAAAACCAUCGGAACAAGAACUCUGCUCUACGACGAGAUGCAGACGGUACUCGUACAGAUCGAAGCGGUUUUGAACUCCAGACCCCUCACUCCAGUUAGCAACGAUCCUGGAGACUUCGAAGCGCUCACACCAGGUCAUUUUCUAGUUCAACGACCACUGACAGCAAUCGCUGAGCCGAACCUAGAGCAUCUUUCUGCUAAUCGGCUCUCAGUCUGGCAAAGAUCGCAGAACUACGUCCAGAUGCUGUGGAAAAAAUGGACUACUCUGUAUCUCUCGGACCUGCAUAAUCGCACGAAAUGGACAAGGCAACGUGACAAUAUCACAGUAGGAACUAUGGUCUUGCUGAUGGAUGAGCGGUUACCGCCGCUGAAGUGGAAUCUUGGUCGAGUCACCGAAGUAUUCCGAGGCUCUGACGACAACAUCCGGGUAGUAGCAGUGCGCACAAGCAAUGGGGUCUUCCGAAGAGCCAUCUCGAAGAUUUGCGUGCUUCCAAUUCGGGAUAACGCAACAUCUACCAACGACGAGCACUAG